CUAACAAACCGAUAGCAAGUCAAUAGACAUUGCCUAUGGGUUAAACAAACCUGUCCAUGGAUAUCACAUAGUGUGAAACGACGACAAGGCCACCCCAAAUUAGCGGAUUCCGAAACCCUAAAUCCCCAAAUUUCCACAGAACCACACCGCACUAUUGCUCAUACAUGUGGGAUCCAAGCCACCGCGACGAUGCUUUACAUCUUUUUGAGCAGGCAAUGGAUGAUCUCCGGCAUAUGAGUUCAUACAUUGAUGUAGAAAGCGAGGAGGAGGAGGAAGAAGAAGAAGAAGAAGAAGAUGAAGAGGACGAAGAAGAAGAAGAAGAAGAAGAAGAAGAACAAGGAGAGGAAGAUAAUGGCAACAGCAAUGACGCCGAUCAAGGCGCCAGAAGGACAUUGCGUGAGGUAUUGUACGGUAAUCGUAGCAGCAAUACGAUUGCAGGCACGUCUCGAGAAGCACUGGAUCUUGACACCCAGGCUUCAAGUAAUGACUUGGUAGUAGUGGGCGAAAGCAACGGCGGAGAAGUGGGUUGUAAUCAAUUCAACAAUGGUGGAAACGUCAAUGAUCAUGGGGUAAAUGGCGAGGAGUUGAAUCGGGGGGAAAUUGAUGGACUGAUAUGCCCCAUUUGCUUCGAGCCGUGGUCUUCUGGUUCUGGCAGCGACCACAAUGUCUGUUGUUUGCCGUGCGGGCACAUAUAUGGCUUUUCUUGCAUCAAGAAAUGGUUGAGGCGGCCUCGUUCAAGUAAGUGCCCCCAAUGUAAAAAAGAUUGUGGGGUGAAGGAUAUCCGUCUGCUUUAUGCUACACAAGUUGUUGCCGUUGAUGGUGAGCUUCAAAAGAGAGUGCAAUCACUUGAAGCUAAAUGUGCGACUCUUGAGAAAAAGAAUGCUAACUGGUCUAAGAUGGAAUCUGAAUGGAAGAAGAGAGAAGCUGAUAUCCUCAAGGAAGUUCAAUGUCUCAAGAAGAUGGAAGUAGAAUGGAGGCAGAGAGAAGCUGAUAUGCAGGAGAAAAUGCAACAUCUUAAGGAGAGGACACAUGGUCUGGAGGGUCUUUUAGGAGAUACGGAUCACAGGGUACCAGCAACUGCUCCCACCUAUUUAAAUGGUCAAAUUCAAAGAUGGCCAACCUCGGAUCUUGAUGUAUGCGGCAGGUUUCAAAUGGAAGGAUGUAUGAGUAGAUUUAAAUUGGAGAUGGAAUGUCAUGUAGUGGGUGCUCGCCUCUUUGACAUUGAUUGUUCCAGUCAUUUAUUUAUAACUGCUCGAAGACUUCCAGGCAGGGCGGGACUGCACGUGCUGACCAAAGUUAGCAUGUUUAAUAGCCAUGAAAAGGAUGAUAUUCGUCUCCCUGAGAACAUCAAAGUUGUCAAGGAUCUGAAGAUUUCUCCUCAUAGCAAACAUGUGCUGUUGGCUUCCUUAGGAAAGAAACUAUUGAUAUUCAGCACGGAGAGCAACAAUCCCAUUCUUACUUAUCAGCUUCCGGCUGCUGCCUGGUCAUGUUCAUGGGAUGCUAGCAAUGCACAAUAUGCAUAUGCAGGCUUACAGAAUGGCAUGGUUUUGCAGUUCGACAGACGCUACACCAAGACUCAUGUGGAAUGUUUGACUGGAUUGAGAGAUAGCCCAGUUCAUACAUUGCAUUCUCUUUUGUCUGAUUCAUCUCUAAGCUCUGGCACCGGAUGUGUUCUUUCCGCAUCUUCCAUUGGCUUAUGUCAAUGGAACUUCGGUGGACGUGAAGGAAGGCCAUUUUUGAUUCCAGAAUCAGACAAGCAAGGAGUAUGUAUAUCCGUUGCAUAUUGCCCCUCUACCAAUGAUAUUGUCGCAUCCUAUCGACCUAAAAUCGAGCCAUCAGCCGUGGAGAUCACUCAACCAACACUUGCGCCAUGUGGGCAAGUCACGGUGGGAAGUCAUGUCCUUUACAAAAGAUUAGGUUGCUCGAGAUACCACAAACUAGGAACCACUUUUGCCAAUGUGAGCGACAUCCGAUUCCCAAAAUCGGCAAUAAUUGAUGGAGUAUACCCGAAACCCGUGUUUGUUUCUGGCGAUGAAGCAACAAAUGAACUCACUUUGCAGGAAUUGCCAUCUCUAAAUGCCGUCGAGUGGUUCAAACCUCUAAAGCCUCCCAUUCGCGACGUCAAGUUUGCUCGUCUACCGGGCUCGGGAUUGCUCAGCUGCUUGAGUGAAGACUCCUUGUAUCUAUUGUCAGCCAAGCUUAUGUAGAGGUAAACUAUUUCAAGAUUUCAUAAUUAUCAUAGCAAUAGUGAGAAAUAUAGUUAGAAUGAUCAUAGUGUGGAUAUUCCAUUUAGUUAUCUUCUGUUUUUUAGGGCUAAAUAAAUAGAAAAAAAAAAAAGGCUUAAUUUUAAAAUUUUUGCUAUAUA